UCUUUGCUCGCUCUUUUGCAUGGGAGUCCGAGUUCUGUGCACAUUUGGAAUCUGCAGUAGCGACUCCUGAAUCGAUCCCGUCUCGGUUUCAGAUGUCGUACAGCCUUUGCCCACUGUACGUGGUAGUCGCGAGCUCGGGCUUGGGCGGGCAGCCGGCGCGUUCAGACAUUUCGAAGGCAUUUCGAAAAAGCCCCCAGGGCCUGUGAGCGCAGCAGCAGCAAGUGUGGACGCAUUCUUCUGCAGAUGAUGGUCCUUUUUCUUGGAGGUCAUUGUUCGGAGAUUCAAAGCCAUGUGCCAGCGUGAGGAUAUGACAACUGCUGAGUGUUGACACUCAAGUUGCGCAAUUGUUUCCAGCGGAUGAGCAAUUUGUCGGGCCAAUUGCUUCGGAGCCCGAGGACGCUGUCUCUAUUUUAGAAGGUACAGACUCUUGGCGCAUUUGGUAAAGGGAUUGUCGUGAGUAGAAUGGCUCCGCAGCGUCCUCUUUCCGAUUCUGAGGAAGAGGAUGAGCAGAUGUCAGACGAGCAUGAAGCGGGCCGAGCAGAAGCCGACGAGGAAAUGGAGGAGGAAGUAGAAGGUGAAGGGGAUGGAGAGGGAGAAGGCGAAGAGGAGGAGGAGGAGGAGGAGGAUGAGCAAGAUCAACAGGAUGGAGAAGAACAGGAAAUAGGUGAGCAAGAAGGAGAAGGAGAAGGAGAGGCAGAAGGAGAUGAACAGGAAGGUGAUGAGCAGGAAGGGGACGAAGAAGACCCAGAGGAAAUGGCAGCUAUUGAAGAGGCUGCUGCACCAGAGGAGGUGGAAACUGAGGUAGCUGCUGCAUCGCCGGCAACACCACGAGACGAGGAAGAAAAUCAUGAAGAAGAUGAUUCUGAAGACGCUGAAACAGAUGAUGAUAAUGAGGGCUUGAGGUCUCCUUCCAAAGUUGACAUCGCCCGUCGGGAAAAGCAGAGAUUGCGAGAGUUGAAGAAGCGAAAGAGGGACGAGCUUGACAAGUUCUUGAACCAGCAAAACGCCAUGGUGGAUGCUGACAUGAAUAGCAAGGCCCGUGGAAGGUUAAAGUUUCUUUUGCAGCAAACAGAAAUUUUUGCGCAUUUCGCACAGGGUCCCACAGGUGUACCUGGUGCACCAAGUCGGAAGGGUAAAGGCCGGGGGAGACACAGUUCCAAGUUAACUGAAGAAGAGGAGGAUGAAGAAUAUCUGAAAGAAGAAGAAGAUGCUCUUGGUGGCACGGGCGGUACAAGGCUACUCGCACAACCCACUUGUAUUGUGGGAAAGAUGCGAGAUUAUCAGUUGGCGGGUCUGAACUGGUUGAUUCGGCUGUACGAAAAUGGGAUAAACGGAAUUCUUGCAGAUGAAAUGGGUUUGGGGAAGACGCUGCAGACAAUAUCUCUUCUCGCAUAUCUUCACGAGUUUAAAGGGAUUUCAGGUCCACACAUGGUGGUGGCACCGAAGUCAACUUUGAGUAACUGGAUGAACGAAAUUCGGAGAUUUUGUCCUAUUCUUCGAGCAAUGAAGUUCCAUGGUAACCAGGAAGAGAGGGCUAACCAGCGGGACAAUCUGCUGGUCGCGGGAAAAUUUGACAUUUGCGUCACCAGUUUUGAGAUGGCAAUCAAAGAGAGAACAGCUUUGAGAAAAUUCAGCUGGCGAUAUAUCAUCAUUGAUGAAGCUCAUCGUAUCAAGAAUGAGAAUUCCAUUUUGGCCAAAACAAUGAGGCUAUUCAACACAAAUUAUCGACUUCUUAUUACUGGAACUCCUCUCCAGAAUAAUUUGCAUGAACUCUGGGCCCUUCUCAAUUUUUUGCUCCCUGAGAUAUUCAGCUCAGCAGAAGCCUUCGAUGAAUGGUUUCAAAUUUCUGGUGAAAAUGACCAGCAGGAGGUUGUGCAGCAGCUACACAAGGUUCUACGACCAUUUUUGUUGCGUCGGCUCAAGUCGGACGUGGAACGUGGGUUGCCUCCAAAGAAGGAGACAAUUUUGAAGGUCGGAAUGUCUCAAAUGCAGAAGACGUACUACCGUGCCCUCUUGCAGAAAGACAUAGAUGCAGUGAACACUGGUGGCGAGCGCAAGCGACUUCUCAAUAUAGCUAUGCAGCUUCGUAAAUGCUGCAACCAUCCUUACCUUUUUCAAGGAGCCGAGCCGGGGCCACCGUAUACCACUGGCGAUCAUCUUGUCGAGAAUGCAGGCAAGAUGGUUCUGCUGGACAAGCUCUUACCAAAGCUGAAAUUUCGUGAUUCUCGAGUACUUAUAUUUUCACAGAUGACAAGGCUUCUCGAUAUUCUCGAAGACUACUGUCAGUAUCGUGGGUAUUUGUACUGUCGGAUUGAUGGUAACACAACUGGAGAAGACCGGGAGAGUGCUAUUGACUCUUUCAAUGUUGAAAAUAGCGAAAAGUUCAUUUUCUUGCUCUCUACAAGAGCUGGUGGAUUGGGUAUCAAUCUCGCUACGGCUGAUACAGUUAUUUUGUACGACAGUGAUUGGAAUCCGCAAGUUGAUUUACAGGCCCAGGAUCGUGCUCAUCGUAUUGGACAGAAGAAGGAAGUACAAGUUUUUCGGUUUUGUACCGAGUUUACCAUCGAGGAAAAAGUUAUAGAGAGAGCAUACAAGAAACUUGCGCUGGAUGCCCUCGUCAUCCAGCAAGGCCGGCUUGCAGAGCAGAAAGCGGUAAAUAAGGAUGAACUGCUUCAGAUGGUUCGAUUUGGAGCUGAGAAGGUCUUUAGCUCCAAGGACAGUACCAUCACAGACGAGGAUAUUGACCGCAUCAUUGCGAAGGGAGAGGAAGCCACGGCUGAGUUGGAUGCGAAAAUGAAGAAAUUUACUGAAGAUGCCAUCAAGUUCAAGAUGGAUGAUACCGCAGGCCUCUACGAUUUCGAUGACAAAGAUGAUAAGGAUGAGGGCAAGGUGGACUUGAAGAGAAUGAUUGCUGAGAACUGGAUAGAGCCACCCAGGCGUGAACGUAAACGAAACUACUCGGAAACAGAGUACUUCAAGCAAGCGAUGCGCGCAGGAACUGUUACUAAACCAAGGGAGCCUCGAAUUCCCCGAAUGCCUCAACUGCAUGAUUUCCAAUUUUUCAACAACACUCGUCUGACUGAACUCUAUGAGAAGGAAGUGAGAUCUCUUCUGCAAGCUCAUCAAAGGUCGGUCGGAGAAGAUGUAAUUGCCAUUGAUGCCGACACUGCUGUAGCGGAACAACUAACUGAGAAGGAGCAGGAAGAGAAGGAUCGUCUGCUUGAGGAGGGCUUUUCCAACUGGACACGUCGUGACUUCAAUGCGUUUGUUCGAGCUUGUGAGAAAUAUGGGCGCAAUGACAUCAGAAGUAUAGCAAGCGAGAUCGAAGGAAAGAGUGAAGACGAUAUCAGCAGAUACUCAAAGAUAUUUUGGGAAAGAUACAAGGAUUUGAAUGAUUAUGAUCGGAUAAUCAAGAACAUCGAAAGAGGCGAGGCUAGGAUCUCGCGGAAGGACGAGAUAAUGAAGUCCAUUGGGAAGAAAUUAGAUCGAUAUCGAAAUCCAUGGCUGGAACUGAAAAUCCAGUAUGGACAGAACAAAGGGAAGCUGUAUAACGAGGAGUGUGACCGCUUUUUGCUUUGUAUGGUGCACAGACUUGGAUAUGGUAACUGGGAUGAGUUGAAGGCCGCUUUCCGCAUGUCACCGUUGUUCAGAUUCGAUUGGUUUGUAAAAUCUAGAACUGCCUCAGAGUUAGCCAGACGAUGUGACACUCUGAUACGGUUAGUUGAGCGUGAGAACCAAGAGUUGGAUGAGAAGGAGCGCCAAGCGCGAAAAGACCAAAAGAAGCUUGCCAAAAGUAACGCAUCACCUGGGAGACGGGCAUGGUCUGUUGAGAAGGAGGGCACCAGUGGGUCUGCCCCGAGAAAGGGCAAACAAGCAAGCUUAGAAAGCUUCAUGACUGGUUCAGCGGCAAAGAAACGGUCACGAGGUUAGGUCACGUCUGUCUCCUGCCAGGCAUCUGCAGUAGAUUGCGAUCCACUUGUAUCCCAGCUCAUCGUGGAUCACAUCGAGUCACGACGAUUGUUUUCUAGUUCGUCACAGUUGGGUGGGUUGUGACAAAGAACACUCCGAAGUUGAACCAGGUUCCCAUGUAACCUUCGAUGAGCAAACAGUCCACGAGGUGAACAGAUCUAAAACAGGUACUAGUGUAGAGCGAAAAUUUUCCGAGGCACGUAGUCUUUGUAGAUAUUAGAGCUAGCACAAGGGUAUCUUCUAUCCAAGCCCUCAGACUUGAAGGGCUCCUCAUUAUUUAUGUACAAUAAAGAGCAUUGUCGGAAACUG